AUGUCGUCCACCGCCUUCACCAACGGCAAAGAGCCAUUGAUGAAGAGGCCGAAGAAGAAGAAGAAGAAGAAGCCGUCGCUGGCUCUCACACCGACGUCGUCACAAUCGACCCCGAUAACAUCGCUUCCUGAUGAUUUGCUAUUGAGCUGCUUCGCACGCAUCUCUAGAUUACACUACCCGGCUCUAUCCCUCGUCUCCAAGAGCUUCCGAUCUCUCCUUGCUUCGCCGGAGCUUUACGAGACCCGAUCCUUGUUAGGCCGCGCCGAGAGCUGUCUCUAUGUGUGCUUAAAGUACUAUCCUGACCAUAACUAUCGCUGGUUCACCCUUUGUCAGAAACCUAGUCGAACAAAAACCAAUGACGACACUAGUGAGAAGAAGAAGAAAGACAAGUCAAGUGGCCAUCUUUUGGUCCCAAUCGCAAUUCCCAAUUCUCCUCAAGUUUAUCAGGAAGGAGUGGUUACAGUUGGUUCUACUAUCUAUGCCAUUGGCCGACCAAUCAACCAUUCACCUUCUUCUAGCCUCUGGAUUUUAGACUUCAAUUGUCAUGUUUGGCGCAAGGCUCCAAGCAUGUUGGUGGAGAGAUAUUACCCGGCGGCAGAUGUCGUUGAUGGGAAGAUAUAUGUAGCAGGAGGAUGCGAAGAGAUCAAUUCCUCAAAUUGGAUGGAAGUUUUCGAUCCAAAAACUCAAACUUGGGAGAUUGUGUUGUGCCCUCUUGCAGAGAGAUACUGUAGUAAUAGUGUAAAUAAGAGCGCAGUGGUUGAAGGAAGAAUCUUCUACAUGUUUGGGAACGAUGGCGUGGCUUACAAGCCAGAGGAAGAUAGUUGGGAAGCUAUUGAAAGGCCGAGUGAUUUGGAAUUAAGAUGGCUACAAUUUUCUGAUUGCGUGAUCGAUAACGUACUCUGUCGUCUUGCUAUUUCAGAUGUAUUCGAGUGGUACGAUUUUAAGAGACAAUCCUGGAUUAGUAUGAGGAGCUUGAGAGGAUUGCCCAAGUUUGGCCGUGAGGUUAUUGUUCAAAUGGCGGAUUACGGUGGGAAGAUGGCUGUUUUCUCCUAUAACCCUAGUAGCGGACAUAAGGGGAUGGCGAUUUGGUGUGAGGUGAUUUCGCUUGAAAGACGCAAGUCGCGCAAUGGUGAUGGUGAUGGAGAUGAUGAGGAGAUUUGGGGAACGGUCGAGUGGCUUGGUCCUGUUCUUACACUUCCUGACGCUUAUUUUUAUUUCAUGUGUGCUAUUGCCUCCACUCUUUGA